AGAUACUUCUAUGAGCGAAACAAGAAUACGACAUGGUAAAGAACAGAAUAAGAAUAUCCAGAGAGCAGUGUACGAGGAAUGGUUACGGAUGGUAGCUGAUAACAAGAUAAAUCAGAAGAAUUCCUGGAGUUUUGGCUUGAUAGACUAUCUUUAUGACUUGUCUAUGAAACCCAUUGAUAACUUUCAAAGGGCUUCAGUAAUCUUGGAUGGGUGUAUCAAAAUAUAUUCUUCAAGAGUGGAUUCUGCUGCAACAGAAACAGGAACUUUAUUAAGCGGUCUUUCCACGAAUUUUCUGUUCGAGCCAAUUGUUGAGGAAACGGCAGAACUUAUUACGGAAGAACGCCCAUUGAUCUCAAGAAAAAGGAAUGUACGGAGGGAAAGCACACUUGUCAAAUCCUUUCAGGAAAUCAAGGUAAAAGCCAUAGAAACACAAUUAAUGAUAGACCCAAUUUUCAAGAAGACCUUAUCUUACUUCGACGAAGGAGGUGCCAAGAGUUUAUUGUUGAAUAUUCUAACAACUGACUCUUCUGGAAGAGUUAUAUUCGAUAGUGCAUAUCCAGGAACAAAUGAACAAGUAAACGGGAAUAAUUCGUAUAUUUGUUUGAACAAAAUUAGCAUGAUGUUAAUAAAGGGAAGACCUUUAGAAUCACUAGGGAUUUGUCAUUCAAUCAAGGCCUUGAAGGAUUUGAUUCAUAGAGAAGAUCAAGAAGUAAUAUCAAUCCCUUCGCUGGAUUUGUUAUAUGAAUUCAGUGGCGAUGAAGAGGGCUACAGUGACAACGAAGUAUGCGAUGAUAACAUAAGUAUCGAGGUUGGCUUGGACGUGCAAGGUAUUCCUGACUACGAGCUUAUGGACUAUUUCAAUAACACUAUAAAAUUUGGUGCAACAGGUAAAGAAUCGUGGAAAGUACAAAAGUACAAACAAAACAAAGCACACAAUAGAGUCCAGGUAUCCUCCCCGAAACCGAAUCGGUCUGAUUUGAUUGACUUCAGAGCCUAUAGAUCAUUUGAAGAGGAGGCUGCUUUUGAGGAUGAAAUUUUCCAAACAUCUUCUGCUAAAAUAUCCAUUCCCGUGAUGCAUAGAAACAAAGGAAAUUUCAGUAAUAACCAUUGUUUGAUUGUGGAUGAAAAAAUUGACGCUAAGAACUUAAUCGAGCUCUUUACGAAGAAGACAAGAUUGUUACCCACUUUCAACAAAAUUUCCCCUGUUCAACUACAACAAAAACCUCACGAAAAUAACGAGGAAGCAUACACCGAUGCUUAUUUUGAUGAACCUUCAAGAUUAUUGAAUGAGAUCACCAGAGAAGACAUUGAAGACUUGCACAAAUCUUACAUUGAAGAAUUUAGCCAACCUUUGAGUUCACAAAUUUCAAGUAAUUUGAUUAGCAAACUAAAUUAUGAAAAGAUCUCCAAAAGAAUCGAUAUACGACAUAUUAAGGAUUUGAUUAUGGGCAAUCUAGACAAUGGGAAGUCUUUUCGUGAAUUGACCGAGAAUAUUCCUCGGAAUCUUAACGGAUCAACUAGUGUCUAUUUUAUAUGCCUUCUACACCUUUGUAACGAGUGCAAUUUGACCUUAGAAAAAGUAUCAAUGGAAGACUUGAAAAUCUACAAAAAUACAUAAUAUGAAUUGAAACCCCUCUGAAAAAUGUGGACGUUCAAUCGGCUUUAUCAGACAUAACCUGUUUAACUGGCUCAGUAUCGUUGAUAUACAACCGAUGUUCUUGAAUAUAUCUUAUAACCGAAUUCGGAAGUAAGUACUGGACUGACAUACCCCGUCGGAUGAACAACCGUAUUUUUGUAGAGGAAAUAUCAUUGUAAAUCAAUUGUUUGAUUACCAAGACAUUUCUUCUGUGUUCGUACAUGAUAUCGUGACUUAAUAAAAAGCUUCUAACAUCCGAGCCGGUUCUUUCAACAAUUAAGCAUCCGUAUUUGCCCAAAAUAUGAUGCAAGUCUUGGUCAGCCCAGACAUCAGGCUCACCCAUUGAUUCAAUUAGGUCUCCACCUGCUAAUAACAUAAUCUUAACACCUCUUUUUUCUCCAGUAGCGGUUACGAUACCACCUCUUUUCGUGUUAAUUUCAUCAUUAAAAUGGUCUAAAACCAAUGCUGUUCGAGUGUACUUGGGCUGUAAACUUUCCCAAGCAUCCACCAUUAACCAAGAACUAGUUCUUUCGCAUGCUAAUUCACAGAUUCGAACUCGAUGGUGAGCAGGAGCCAAUCCUUGUUUCUUAUAGUUUGAAGAAACAGGACUGUAAUAGCCUCCAAUAACUUCAAAUCUAGUUUGUUCGUUAAUAGCGUCUAAGGCCAUUUCAAACAUGCGCAAGUGCAAGUAAGUGAUAGGAGAAAACGAGCCGCAAGCCACAAUCACCAAAGGAUAUUUGGAUUCAUCACUCAAUUUGGUAGCGAACCGGUGGGUAGGGAAUUGAUAGUCUUCAAGGGUUUUUGCUUGACGUUGAAUGCCAUGAGGAACUUCUUCCAAAUCAGCGAUUUGAUUGGGCUGAACUGUUGCUGUUGGAGGAAGAAUUAAGUCCGGUUCAGGAAGUAUGUCUUGUGAACGUGAACUAUUAGCCUCCACAGUCUUUUCGGUAUCAGACAGAGAAUUGGAAUCAAUGAGUUCCGUAUGCUUGAUGGGAAUCUUUGAAUGAAGUCCCCCAGAAUGGUGAUGAAGAUGAGUCAGAGAGGAGGACGGGUGAGGGGCUGGAGCAUCCACUGGAUCUCCCAUAUCAGCAAGAACUAGAGGCUGGAUCGGAGCGUUUGAAGGUAUUUCCAGGGACGGAGCUGUUGGCUCAAUGUUGGGAUUCAAUGAAGGAGGCGUGAAGUUUGGGUCGUUUGUUGGAUCCAUUAGCUUUAGGUUGAGUUCAAAGUGCUGAUUAAGAAAUGCGACUCGCAGUGCCUCUAUGGUUUUUAAAAAAAUACCCUUGUAGCUUAGAAAGUGCACGCCUUUUUAAACUCCGAAAGGCUAUUGUCAACAGAGCCAGUCGAUCGGUAGGCUGCAAUCUAACAAAAACCAAAGAAAACGUCACAGACAGGAUUCGAACCUGCGCACGCAAUGCGCAACACCUAACCCACCAAAUAAACUUAGCAGGGUGUCGCCUUAACCACUCGGCCACUGUAACACUUCUACAAAGAAAUCUCAAAUUUUAAUUGAUAUUUUCAAAUAUAAAGAGCCCAACACAGACUUGUACUUUGUAGCACGAUAUUGACACAUUCCCAUUACACCACCGUAUAUCUAACUUCUACAUUCACAAUUCGGUACAGAUUUAGGCAAAUCUUUACUAUUAUAAUAAAUUAUACUUUCUGUUCAACAUGUUCAGGAACCUCUUUGGAUUCAACGGUGGAUGCCCCUUCCAGAUCAUCUGCUCGUUGUAUCAGAUUUGUAUCACUUUCAAUACCCAAAUCCCUGUGAUACCUUUCUGGCCCCAAGAUUAUAAUUAUAAUCAUGUAACCAAACACAGCGCCGCAGAAAAUAGCCAUGACUAAUCCAUAGUCAUACAGCCCUGUUUUAUCUCCAAUGGGAAACUGCGUACCGAUUUGUGCUUCAAUAGUUGAUGAUGCAGAAGAAGCCAAGUUUCCCAAUUGGUAUACUACACCUGAAAGAAAAGAACGAUGGUUAGUGUUCACUAAUUCCAAUAAAUGGAUUGGGACCACUCCCCAUGCACCCAUAACUGCAAAAUUAAGGAAAAAGUAUCCUCCAAUGAUUCCAGGAACAUGGUCCGAGAAAAAUGAUGGAUAUAGAAAAGCGCCCGCCAUUAUUUGACAGAUAAUAAUAGUAAGUCGUCUUCCUAGCAACUCAUUAAGCUGACCAAAGAAAAGACCACCGACAAUAGCCCCAAGAUUUGAAACGCAGAUAAUGGUAACUCUAGUCUUUGAGUCAAUAUUAAGCUGUUUCUGAAGAAGAGUAUUGAAUAGAUCCUGUGAACCGUGUGAAGUGAAGUUAAAGCCAGCCAUAAGUAGCACCAAAUAAAUGAACAAAACCCAUUCAGUUUUGAUAGUGGUAACAAUUGUCUUGUCCAAGUACUUAUAAAUCCCCACUUUAGCUCUUUCGUCGUGCUCUUUCAAGAUCUUCUUCUGUUCCUGCAACUUGAUGAAGGUUUGUGUUUCAGGCAAGAAAAACCUCCACGUUAUUAAAAUACAUGGAAGCCCAGCAGAGAACCAGAACAAAGAUCUCCAACCUUCACCUUCUUUAAAAGUAUGCUCGAAUGCAAGGAAGAAAGCCAUAGCAAAAAUGUAUCCCAAGUUAUAUCCUGGCAAGAAAAGUCCAGACAAAAUCCCUCUAGCUUUCGUCGGUUGGUCUUCUAGUGCAGUGGUUGCACAAAUAGGAUAGAAACCUCCCAUGGCUAUUCCAAAUAGGGCCCUGACCCCUAAGAAUUGACCGUAAGUCUUGACGAACCCAGUACCAAUUUCAAUCACAACAAAUAACAAGCAAACUAGAAUGUAAGUAUACUUUCUUCCGUAAUAAUCUGAUGCUAGUCCAAAGAUUGUGGCUCCUAGAGAUCUAAACAUCAACACGAGAGUGAUACCCCAAGUUACUUGGGUGAUGGACACAUUCAAAGUCAAAGCAAUGUUGGGGGCUGUUGCAGAUACGCAGAAGAAAUCCAUCGCAUCCACAGUCCAACCCAAGAACCCCAAGAAAUAAAAGUUCCACCCACGGGAGUCAACCUGUUUUAACCCUGGGAUGGGAUUCAUGGUUACCCAUACACUCAGACUUUGACUCUUAUAGGGAAUGUCGAACAAAGUUGAAAAUCGGGUACCAAAGUAAUGGGAAAUUGAAGAUAGCGAUAAUUCUGGCUUCUC